CACACCGCAGCACACACGUCGACACGUUGCCGCACUCCAUCCAUGGCGCGUACCGUUGGCUGCCUCUUGCUGCUCGUCUCGUGCUGGUGCGGCCUCGCCGCCGCCGCUCGGCCGUCGGCGGCCGCGGGUGGCGGCAACGCGGGCUUCGUGAGGGCGUGGUGCGCGGGGACGGAGUACCCGGCGUUGUGCGACGCGACGCUCUCGCCGUACGCGGCCGCGGUGGGGGGCAGCCCGGCGCGGCUGGCGUGCGCCGCGCUGAACGUGACGCUCGCGGGCGCGCGGAACGCGACGGCGGCCAUGAGGGGCAUGGCGGCGGCGGCGGCCGGGCGCCUGCCGCCCGUGGCGGCGGAGGCGGCGGGGGACUGCGUGAGCAUGCUCGGGGACGCCGUCGGCAUGCUGAGGCAGUCGGUGGAGGCCAUGGCGCAGGUCGGGGCGGAGGCGGAGCAGGGCCACGCGCAGGAGAGGACGGUGAGGUUCCAGCUGGACACCGUGCGGACGUGGGCCAGCGCGGCGCUCACCGACGGCGACAUGUGCAUGGAAGGGUUCAGGGGCGAGGCCGCCGGCGGCGGCGGCGUCAGGGAGGCCGUGCGCGGCCACGUCGCCGGCCUCCUGCACCUCACGGCCAACGCGCUCUGCAUCGUCGGCGCCAUGGCCAACCAAACGGCGCCGCCAUAGCCACCGGGAAAUAUACAUGCCAUGUGUGUGUUUCUUCUCCUUUUUUCUGGCAGUUGCCGUGUGUUAGUAGCUCGAAGUGUAACAUGUUCUCCCUUGUACGUACACAGUACGUGUAGAUCAUCUGCGUGCUCGUCCUGCGUUUUACUUGAACAAAAAUGAAAGAUCUAGCUUUAUUGGCCCAGCAAAGAGAGUAUAAAUAAAGAUUAUAAUGUGGAAUGUAUAAAAA